GACACUGAUGUUUUGUGGCUAAGGAACCCGUUCUCAAGACUAAGCAAGAACGAAACUGAGGAUUUACAAAUAAGCACAGAUAAUUUCUAUGGAGAUCCAUGGAACGAAAAACAUCCAAUCAACACUGGCUUCUACCACAUCAGAUCGAACAACAAGACCAUUGCACUGUUUGAUAGAUGGUACACCAUGAAGGACAAUGCCACGGGACAAAAAGAGCAGGAUGUCCUAUUCGACCUAAUCCGAGGGGGGAUCAUUGGGCAGCUGGGACUUAGGGUUAGGUUCUUGGACACCCUUUAUUUCAGUGGCUUUUGCCAAGAUAGCAAGGACUUUGGGGCAGUGACCACUGUCCAUGCCAACUGUUGUCGGAGCAUCGUGGCCAAGGUUAAUGACUUGAAAGCUGUCCUCCAGGACUGGAAGCAGUUCAAGAAGACCAUGGCCCAGAAAACAACUGCCGGUCUAGCAGCAGAUGGUUUCCAAUGGUCACGCCACUGGGGAUGCAAGAAGUCAUGGAAAUCCUAAUAACAAUGGGAAAGCAACUCAUAAGGUCUAAAGAGAGACAUUAAUCAUAUAAGAAACAAAUAGUUUUUUUUCUGUUUCUUUCCAGGUGUAAGGGUAAUUUCGUUGGGCUAAUUUCGUUGAAUACAUCUUAGGUUAUUGCUUCUUCUUUUCU